AUGGGCGGAUCCUCCAUCAGGUGCUACAUCUCAAAAAUCAGCAUGAAUAGGCCCUGUAUCGACAUUCUUCUGCUGUUGUCAUUGGUGACCACUGCAUGCUUCCUCCGCCAAAAGGAUUUUGGAGAGUUCUAUGAUUGUCCAGCGGAUGUCUACAUUGUCUUGGACACAUCUGAAAGUGUGGCAUUAAGGGCGGAACCUUAUGGCUCGUUUGUGGACGAUAUUAAGCGGUUUGCUCUUGACUUUGUGGACCAGCUGAAUGAGAGGUUUGCAACACUCUUGGACCAUUGCUGACAUUUGAAAAAUGUUUAAAAUGAACAUGAUGAAGUUGCUGCCUGUGUGUUUUCAAGGCCUUAGGGGAGACAGUUGUAACACUUUGGCCCCUCUUCUGUUCAGUC